AUAAAGUAAAGUAAUUGAAGCAUCUAUUACACUUUUUUAUAUAACGAAUGAGUUAUAGCCUUAAUGGAAGAGUUACCAUUGAUUCCUACAAUUUGUUGUCAGUCUAUUCACAAUGUCACUGUCUGCCUGUAAAUGGCGUCACUUCUACAUCACGUCCUGCCUAUUUUAAGAUCGUUCAGAAUCUACACUGACUCGGAAUUAAUUCUAAGAGUUGGGGAUAAUGUUACCUUUAGUUAUUUAAGGAGCUGAUUUCAAUAUGGAUUCGAUUUGUUGGCAUUCUGAGUCAAAUAUUUCUGUUGAAAUAAGCAUAAAUGAUACUUUUAGCAAUCAAAUUCAGCGAGACGUGACAUGAAAGAGUAAUGCUUUUUUUUGCGUCAAAUUGAUCAUCAAAAGUAAUUGUAAUAAUUUAUUGAAUGUUUGGCUCAGAGACCAGAUCCGCUUGGAAACGACUUGGCCACCUAACACUAGAGCUUGAGUUCAAAUUAGACAAUUGAGCAUGCUGUAAGAAUGUAAGAUGUGCCAUUUAAAAGCAAUGAAAAACAAGGUUACAAAGACAGUUUGUGUGGAAACACAAACUCAAAAUUGGCCUCCGAAGUUGUCCACCCAGGCAGGUAAAAAGGUUUUUGUCUCAAGCAGUUGAUGAAAAACAAAAGACAUGCUAAGACCCAUGUAGACAGGUGUCUUGUGUGAAUGUCUUGAAAAUGAGUGAAGACGCAAACGCAAGAGAUAAACUGGAAGAUACACCAAUUCAGACCAUUAUCGAUGACUUGGUCAAGAAAGGUGCCCCGAAAGAGCUGGUCAACGUUUUACGAGAGCAAGUAAAGGAGCUUCAAGUCAAGCCGCUAGUCAAACACAUUGAGCCAGCUUUAAAUGCACAUAAUCUCAUGACAGAGCAUGGACUUCAAUAUUCAGAUUGUUUACAACUUUUUGGAUACCUAGAUGAACAAAGAGAAAGUCGUCUUGCUGAAUUAAAAUGUAAGCCGGAUAGGGUUUUGAAGAUCUUCAACGACCCGAUUCACGGACAUAUUCAGUUAAAUCCAGCUUGUCAAAUGAUUGUAGACACUCCAGAGUUUCAAAGACUUCGUGACAUCAAACAGUUAGGUACUGUCUACUUUGUCUAUCCUGGAGCAGCUCACAACAGAUUUGAACAUUCUCUUGGAGUAUGUCAUCUUGCUGGUGUUUUCAUCAAAGCUCUUAGAGAGACCCAACCAGAACUAGGAAUCACAGACCAAGAUAUUUUAUGCGUUCAAAUUGCCGGAUUAUGUGUUAACUUGGGUCAUGGACCCUACUCCCGAGUUUACACCAACGAAUUCUUAAAAGCUAUUGAUGGAAAAACAGCAUGGCCCUAUGAAGGAAGAACUAAAGAAAAGGCGUAUCUUUAUGAGAUAGUUGUAAACAGAAGAAAUGGUAUCGAUGUUCACAAGUGGGACUACAUGGCCAGAGACUGCCAUCACCUGGGAAUCAAAAACAACUUUGAUGCUUCUCGGUACAUGAAAUUUGCCAGAGUUAUAGAAAUGGAAGGAGAGAUGCAGAUCUGUAUAAGAGACAAGGAAAUCAGCAACCUCUACAAUAUGUUCUACACUAGAUACACAGUCAACAAAUUCGCUUACUGUCACAGAGUUACUUGUGGCAUUGAACUCAUGAUUGUUGAGGCAUUAAAACUGGCCAAUGAAAAAAUACCAAUUAAAGGCAAGAACGGACAAAAGUGUACACUAUACCAAUGCCACAAAGAUAUGAAGGCCUUCACACAGCUGACAGACUAUGUUCUCUUUGACAUCUGUAACAGGGACGUGCCAGAAGGACCUGAACAUGAUUCCCUGAGGGAGGCUCAAACUAUAAUGAGAAGAAUCUAUAAAAGAAAUCUGUAUACAGCAGUGUACGAGACUCCACCAAUGGCACCUACCAGUUUACAAGCAGAUAAUAUAAAAGAGCCAAGUGAAGAUCAAAUUAAAAAGUUAUUGCAUAGUAAAAUUGCAAGCUCAAAUGAAGAUUUCCUGCAAACGGUUAAAGAAAGCUUAGGAAAUGCAGAAAAAAAUGUGUCAAUGGACAGACUCAGAGAAUGUGCCCAAGAAAUUAACAGCAAAGAAGAAAUAAUUGUAAAGAAAUAUGGUUUAGAUUUCGGCAUGAAAGAAGAAAACCCUGUGGAACGACUUAAUGUUUACUCCAAGCAUGAUUUAAACAACGCAAGACAUUUAAAGAAAGUCGAAGCGAGCAUAAUUCUAGGGCCUGUGAACUUUAACGAGAUUCUGGUUCGAGUCUACAGUAAGGACAAGGCAACAGAAAAAUGUUUUAUGAUACAUGAAGCAGCGAAACAAGUUAUAAAAGUUACUUUGGAACAGACCAAUCAAGCACCAUCACAAACCUAGGUUUUUAAAGAAUUGUUAAUCUAGUUUUUGUUUUAUGUAAUUUCAUUAUAAACAAAAUUGUGCCUAUUGAAUCUAUUAGAUUAGAUCUAGUUCCUGGAGAAUAUGCUACUUUUUUACCAAAUACUAUUGGAAAUAAGUAUUUUGUUGUGUUUCUGUUUAUACUUGCAGAAAUAUAUGUUUGAUGUCUCUGAUGAAUUGUUUUUAAAUGAUUGAUUAAAUACUGCGAAUGUACUUAUAUAUUUUUCAUAUUUAUACUUUUCUUAUUUUAUAGCAUACAGAGUUUGUGUGAAGUCAGAUGUUCUAGCUGGGAUUUUUAAAAAUUGUUCUUAUUGAAAGUACACAUAUUAAAUAUUAACAAACAUUGUGAACAAUAUAUAUCCAUACAUAUUUUCGUAAAAAUAAUUAUAGCCAGACUGCUAGGAAAAACAAAUUGUAGCUAAAUUUAAAAUAUAAUAUUACUUAAAAAAUAGAAGUCAAGAACUAGAAUGAUGGUUACCCUAUAGAAGCAAUUAUUUGGAUUUUCUAUAAUACGUUAUAUCAUGGUUAUCUAUUUACCUACCACAAUCAUAUAUAAGUGUUAUAUAUGGCACACAUCGAUACAUAAACAUGGUAUUGUGAAAUAUUUUCUUGUUGCUUAGAUAUAGUCAGUUGACCUUGACCUAUAUUAUGGAUUUGAUAUAAGAUUUAAUGGCAAUCUAAUGCAAUAUUCAAAAAGCUCUGUGAUACGUGUACUAUUUUUUCAUAUUUGUAUAAGCUUUAUAUUAAUUUUAACAUACAUGUUCUCAUUAAAUGUAUUCUUUAGAUUUAUUGUGUAGGAAAAAUAGUUCCACUGUACUAAUUAUGUUUGUACUUGAGUUAAGGUGUUUAAUGAGUACAAGAAUUAGUCUAAGAUUUUCUAAUAUUCGCAGAAUAAAUGUAAUUUCGUAAUAUUAUUGAUGUUUAAAAAAUAGGAAAGUAUAAUUAAUUGUAGAUUUCAUGGCACUUUUAGUCUUUCGGCAUAAUUAAUGUAUAAUUUUGACACUUUUUUUUGAAACGCUUUAGCCCUGAAUUAAGCAAGCUCGUUUAUGCAUUAUCAAACUGAAUAAAACAGCACACUAUUUUUCCUUGGCACAGUCUGUAAAAGAACUAGCAGCUCAAUAGCAAAAAGCUAACUAGAGGAAGAAGAAAAAUGCAUUGGUCUUUGUAAUUUUCGAUCUAAAUGUAUAACAGUUAAUUAUUGCGAUUUAGCUUACAUUGAUAAUUGAAAUUUAUUGACCUACGUUGGAAAUGUCAGCAUAAUGGAAGAUCUAUUAUAUUUAAUGCCAAAAUUAUUGUGCUGAAGUUAAUGUUUAUAUGAUGUUUAUAUUGACUGGAAAAGUUGUUUUUUUUUAAAUAAAUCAAAUGGACAACCCAGCACUACAACUCCCUACCUCAGCGUGCACAUACCAGAUCUUUGUAAACAAGUAGAGGUGCGGUGGUGGAGCGGUAAAGCUCUUGGCUUCCAAACCAGGGUCCCUGGUUUUGAAUCCUGGUAAAUACUGGGAUUUUUUAUUUCCUCUGAGCCCACCCAGCUCUAAUGAGUACCUGACAUUAGUUUGGUAAAAUAAAGGCGGUUAGUCGUUGUGCUGACAACAUGACACCCUCCUUAACAGUAGGCUAUAGAAACAGAUGACCCUUUACAUCAUCUGCCCUUAGACUACAAUGUCUGAAAGAGGAACUUUAAUUUACUUUUACUUUGAAUAGUAUAUAGUGUGUUUAAUCAUUUCUAUAGAAUAAACUGGAUUUAUUUUUUUUUUAUUCAGAUAUAUUAUGAAAGAAAAUUAGCAAAGUGACUAAAUCAGCGUUACUAAAACUGUUGGACGACUUAAUGUUAGUCUGCCCCCUGCAAAGCAUGUUGCCUAAAACAAAGAGGAUAUAACGGCGAUAAUUCUCAUUAGAGACGUAUACCUACAAGUGUUAUACGUGCUUCCUAUGUCUCAUACUUCAGUUGUAGCUCUGCGCUCAUGAUUCUCUUGUGAUGAGUGCACUGCAGACGUCAGUGGAAAACUUUUCUACAGCUCAGAAUGAUGGGAUUCGCGUUCCUCAAGCCCCGUUACUGGCUAGUGGCUGGCAGGAGGUUUCUAUUUCCUGUUUUAAGGGUGGAGCUUUACAAGAAAUAAUUUUAAAAAGACUUGAAUACAAAUUUCCAAAACUAUUUUUAAUCACCAAGAACUAUAAAUUCUUAUCAGCAUUGUAAAACAAUGUUUAUCCUUAGCUAUGACCAGCUGUGUUGGCGGUGAGGCAUACAUUUAAAAUUGUUUUAUUGAUUGAUUGAAACGAGUUGCUUACCUCGCAUGUCUAUUUAUAUUUCAUUACAGUGGAUCACAGUUUAAGGUUGUUUUGAAAACUAUUGAUCUGUACUAAGAAAAAAAAGUUUUUAAAUAGUUAUAUUGACGAAUGUAAUUUUCUUAGGAAAUAAAGCUAUCCAACACUUUUAAA